UAACAAAAACUGCUGCUGUUCCUUGUAUCUUGGACUGAUUUGCCAGAGCAGGCAGUCUGUUUUUACCCUUCAGCACAGCACAGGCAGGAGCCAACUUACACUUGGCCGGAUCUCGACGUCUGGAGGUGACGUCACCGACAGGGCGGGGCCAGCAGCAUUCCACCCGCCGUCUACUUUUGUCUCUACGUGGAGGAGGCAGGACCGAGAGCUGGACGCUGUCUGGGAUUUCAGGCGCACCGACAUCUCACGUUUCUCUGACUGACCACCUCAGGUCAAUCACAGAAAAAUGUCUGGAAAGAUAACAAAAGAGGAGAUGGAGGAGAUGAGAGAAAUCUUUGGGAAAAUUGAUCUGGACAACGAUGGACAUAUCUGUGAUUAUGAACUCCAUGAGCUCCUUAAAGAUGCCGGCCAUGCCCUACCUGGAUACAUGGUUCGAGAGAUCAUCCAGAAGCUCGAUCGCAACAAGGAUAAUAAGAUCAGCUUUGAAGAGUUUCUGUCGAUUGUCCAGGAGCUGAAGGGCAGUGAGAUAGCAAAAACCUUCCGCAAGGUCAUCAACAGAAAAGAAGGCAUCCUGGCUAUUGGAGGGACGUCUGAGCUGUCAAGCGAAGGCACACAACACUCGUUCUCCGAGGAGGAGCGAUAUGCCUUUGUGAACUGGAUCAACACUGCUCUGGAAAAAGACCCUGACUGCCAACAUGUCCUGCCCAUGGAUCCCAACACAGACUCUCUCUUCACGUCAGUCGGAGACGGUAUAGUCCUCUGCAAAAUGAUCAACCUGUCAGUGCCAGACACUAUUGAUGAGAGGACCAUAAAUAAGAAGAAGCUAACACCGUUUACGAUACAGGAGAAUCUGAACCUGGCCCUGAACUCAGCAUCUGCUAUUGGCUGCCAUGUGGUGAACAUUGGUGCCUUAGACCUGAAAGAGGGGAAACCUCAUCUGGUGCUGGGCCUGCUGUGGCAGAUCAUCAAGAUCGGUCUAUUUGCUGACAUCGAGCUCAGCAGAAAUGAAGCGCUGGCAGCAUUGCUGAGAGACGGGGAAACCCUGGAGGACCUGAUGAAGCUGUCUCCAGAAGAACUGCUGUUGCGCUGGGCAAACUUUCACCUGGAAAAUGCUGGCUGGCAGAAGAUCAACAACUUCAGCUCUGACAUCAAGGACUCGAGGGCCUACUUCCACCUCCUGAAUCAAAUCUCUCCAAAGGGCACAGAGGAAGAUCAGCCACGCAUAGACAUCAACAUGGCAGGCUUCAGUCCCCUAAAUCCCACAAUCCUUUGCUGUCUAGGUGAGACACGAGAAGAGAGGACAUUCCGAAACUGGAUGAACUCUCUGGGAGUUAACCCACAUGUCAAUCAUCUGUAUGGAGACCUACAGGACGCCAUGGUCAUCCUUCAACUCUAUGAGAAGAUUAAAGUGCCUGUUGACUGGAACAACAAGGUCAACAAGCCACCUUACCCCAAGCUGGGAACCAACAUGAAAAAGUUGGAGAAUUGUAACUAUGCAGUGGAACUGGGCAAAACAGCCAAGUUCUCCCUCGUUGGCAUCGGCGGGCAGGACCUGAACGAUGGCAACGCUACCCUGACUCUGGCACUGGUGUGGCAGCUGAUGAGAAGAUAUACGUUGAAUGUACUUGAGGAACUGGGUGACGGAGAGAAAGUAAAUGAUGACAUCAUUGUAAAGUGGGUGAACAAAACGUUGGCGGAGGCUGGAAAAUCAACCAAGAUUUCAAGCUUUAAGGACAAGGAAAUCAGCAGCAGUUUGGCAGUAUUGGAACUGAUAGACGCUAUCCAGCCCGGCAGCAUCAACUACGAGCUGAUAAAAACCGGCAGCCUCUCUGAAGACGACAAGCUGGAGAACGCCAAGUACGCCGUCUCUAUGGCGAGGAAGAUCGGAGCCCGUGUCUACGCUCUCCCAGAAGACCUUGUGGAAGUCAAGCCCAAAAUGGUCAUGACAGUCUUUGCCUGCUUGAUGGGUCGGGGGAUGAAGCGAGUCUAAGACACUGGCUGGGAUCAUUGUGACACUUACUAAACUCAUACCCACAAGCCAUUAGCAUUUUGAAAGAGCUCCCCCAACUGAAGGAAUGAAGAUUAGUUUUUUUUUUUUGAAUGAAUGAAUGAAAAUAACACAAUAGUAUGAAGUCAAAAUCAGAAAUUUGCAUCUAUCCCGGCCUCCUUUUGAGGUGUUUACUGAAGAAUUAUGUGCUGUUAUUUAAAGUCCACAACACUAAAAUUUUUAAAGACAUGGGUCUUGCGUUACAGGGGACAACUUGUUACUUUCGAUAUGCAGAACUCUUCAUUAAUGUACAAGAAUGCUGUUUUGUUUUUUUAAAGCGAGUAUGCAUAUUUCCAGCUGCAAGGUUGUUUACAUAUUUUUACUUAGACUGAUAAGUAAAUUAUAUCCUUGACUAAGCAACACACAUUCCCGAAUACCAUACUUAUGAAUUAAUGCUUGACGAGGCAAAAAAAAAGAGAAAAAUAAGAAGAAGAAGUCCGAGGCGGGAUGUUUAGGUGGAGCACAUGUCAAAAAAAAAAAGAAACACCCAAACAUUCCCUCUCGCUUAAUGAAGUACAAGCAUGUCUUAAUAACUGGCAACAUAUUCUACAUAUCUGUAUACAGAAGCCAUACGGUCAAACUAUAGUAAUGACCAGCCUGGUGUGCUGUCUGUAUUCUUGUACUCCUCGUUUGUUUGUUUCUUGGGAUUAUUACGUGAGGUAAAUGCUGUUUUUGGGUGUCUAGUCUUUGUUAUAUUGGGCUUCUGUUUUUUUUUUUUUGUCUGUUACGUUGGAAGAGGAGCAGGCUGACUGGACUCUCCUGGCUUCUGCUGUGCCUUCUUGUCUCAAAGACGACUUGUACUCGCACUUUGAGGUUUUCCCUUUUUCUAUUGUAUUCAACAUUACCAAAUAUAAACAGUAACUUCAUUCCAGGUAGUUUCUCAAUAUUCUUUGUCAAUGGCCAAAUUGUAUUUGGUCUAUUGUCUACUCUUAAGUGCUUUACAUGUAACAAUAAAUAUGACUCUGAAAACUG